GAGUUGAGCAGCUCCUCCCGUGACCGUGAGUCGUUCGGCCACCCACUCGUCUCUCGCGGCGCGCCGUGCCGUGUGCGGCCAGGUGGAGCCGCCGGCGGCACCGGCUGCUCCCCUGGCACGGACCGCACUGCCGCCGCCGCCGCCACCGCGGCUCAGUCUUCCGACGAACGUCGAACCGGCAACACGGUGAACGUCUCUCUGCAAAACCGACAGAACACCUGUCGCGGGUGACAUUAGGACCGAACCACGUGGAAGUGUGAGACACCACGUGCCGACCCGAGCCGUUUCGUGUCACGUAGCAUCCGGCGCCACGUGCCACCACGUGCCGUUCCGUGUCCCGUGCCGUGCAGCCUUCCAGACGGUCUGUAUUUACCUGUGCGGCGCCCGCUAAGGUGACUGGCGGGUGGGUAGUGACUGUGUGAAAUCCUCGGACGGCGCCGGCGCCGCCCGCGGUGAUUGUCAUUCGUCCAGGAGGCAGGAGCUCUCCAUCAGCUCCUGUCGGCGGGGCAGCGCGCACGGGGCGGCCAGUCGACGGCAGUGGGAGUGGAGACAGUCGACACGGUCCGCGCUGACUGAGACAGAGCUGAGCGUGAGGAUUAGGGCGGUCAGGAGGGGGCCGUGAGCUGUCAGUGGUGCCGUGAGCCGUGUGAGAUCGCUGUGAGCGCCGUGUGAGAUCCGGUGAGCCGGCGGGUGAGAGGGGCCGUAUGGUGCGUCCCGGCCCGCCGCCGCCGGGGCCAUGGUGACUGGUAAAUGAUGCGUGCGGCCGGCGCCCACUCGGCCCUGCUCCCGCUGCUGUUGGUGAUGGUGACCGUGACGUGGUGCUCCCGGCUGGUGCCGCGCCGGUCGGAGGUGGUCCCGCUGUGUGACCGGGUGUGUGAGGGACCGCUGGUCCCGUGCGAGCGCGGCACCACAGACCACCAGGACCACAUUCACUACAGGCCCAGGCGGCCGCUGCCGGUAUCCCGCUCGUCGUGCGGCCGGGUGCGCGGUCUGACGUCGCGCCAGCGCCGCUUCUGCCGCCGCCACCCGGACCUGCUGCAGGCCCUGCUGAGCGGCUACCAGCUGGGCGCCUCCGACUGUCGGCACCGCUUCCGACGGCACCGCUGGAACUGCGCCGCGCUCGGCCGGCACCUCGACUUCGGGCACGUCCAGGUCAGAGGUACCCGGGAGGCGGCCGUUAUGUACGCCCUGCAGAGUGCCGCCGUGACGCACGCCCUGUACGCCGCCUGUCGGAGAGGUACCGUGGAAGGCUGCGCGUGCCGCCAGCCGGGCCCGGACACCCGCGCCGUGGACUUUUGGAAGUGGUCCGGCUGCGGCGAGGGCCUCACUCACAGCGGCCGGCUUGCGCGCCGCUUCCUCAACGCCAGGGAGACCGAGAGGGACGCGCGCAGCCUCAUGAACCGGCACAACAACCGCGCGGGGGUCAAGGCGGUGACGGGCGGCCGCCGCCGGCGCUGCCACUGCCACGGCCCCUCCGGCAGCUGCUCCCUGCGCACGUGCUGGAUGGACGCGCCCUCCAGCUUCUCGGUGAUCGGGGACCGGCUGCAGCAGCAGCUGGGCAGCUCGCAGCUGGUGCACCUGGUGCAGCUGCCCACCGGCAAACGCCGACUGCGGGCUGUCGAAGGUGACCCUACCGAGCGCCUGGAACGGCGGAGACUGGUGCACCUAGAGCCGUCACCGACCUACUGCGACCCCGAUCCGGAGAGGGGCCACAACGGCACCGUCGGCCGCGUGUGUCGAAAGAACCGCUCCCUUCCUGGCAGCUGCGAGUAUAUGUGCUGUGGCCGAGGCUACAACAUACAGAUCACCUACCGGCGCUACUGCUGUAACUUCCACCAGCGACCCGGGCGACCUACAGAGUGUCGGCAGAGGACGCGACUGCGAAAGUGCCAGUGACCGGCCGAGAGCGGCCUAGGUGCGAGUUAGAGCGGCCGAGAGCGGCCUAAGUGUGUGGUUACAGCGCGGCGGCCGCGGGAACAGUGCCAGUGAAUUCGGGCUAACGUAUUUCUACAAAUAACUACUACGGCGAAAGCCGUAGUAGUUAUUUAACGUGUUCGGUCGGGAAGUGUCCACGGAAGAGCCAGGAGCCAAGGAGCCAAGACAGAGCGCCCGGAAAGUGAAGCUGUGCCGUCGAUCGGUUGUAGGAAAUGUUAUUGAACAGGAAGGAAUGAAGGGUGGAAAGGUGGAGGGGAAAACCGGUGAAACGUGGCGAUAGAGGUGCUCAAGCACUGUGUCUGUCGUGUCAAAAGUGACGCAACUGUGAAAGAUCUGAAGCCUUCAUGACAGAUCUGAUGGGAGAUCUGCUUACCCAAGCCACAUCCAAUCGGCAUGACAGUGAUGCGUAUUGUAACCUGUAGUCAACUGCCAGCUGAAAUGACUAUUGAUGACAUUUAGUCAUGACAUCUUUUGAUGGCGCCUGCCAUGACGUGUUUGAUGGUGAAGUGUCGCAGGACGAACUCGUGUCUCAUGUUUUCUUUUUCCUUGAUUUCCUCAACCCCAUGACAGCGCUCGCUGUCCUUAGUCAGCUGUCACCGACUCUCUAUAUUAGAUCUCAUGAGGCAGCUUUUCGAGGCGUUGUGCAGUCCGCCGGCGCCCCUCCUAACGUACUCAGUGCUGGCGGAAAUGAGAGCACGUACUACAAACGGGUUCACCGAGUCAUCCGGGCAGUCUGGCCGCUCGGUGACUCUGACUCUGACUUUCGAGUCACCGGACCCUGAACCUGGAAGAGGGCUCUCACGACUGACUAAAAGUGAUGGAGUCGUAGCUCGUCAGCGCCCGUCCGCUGCGGGGCGAGCAAAGUCAUUCCGACUAAUAUUUCAUAUAGGUGCUCUCGAAGUCGUAAUAAAUAUAUAGGUACUUGCAACA